CUCAGCAUCAGAACCACAGAGUGAGUUCAUUUGUCAGCCAAGCAGCAGCCAAAUCUCUAGCAGAAAACUCCACUAAAUCUUCCAAAAAAAUGGCACAAACAUUGUUGCUCGUUGUUGUCAGCGCUUUGGUGGCCGUGUCCAAUGCUGUGGUGGUGCCUGGUCCUGGACUCGCUCUGCCCGGUUAUCCUAGCCUGGCAGCGCCCGUCUACCCCAAGCUGGCGGCGCCCAUCUAUCCAGGACUGGCCAAGGUGGCCGUGGCCAAGGUGGCUGGACCCGAGCCAUACGAUCCCAAUCCCCAGUACAGCUUCAGCUACGAUGUGCAUGAUUCGUCCACUGGCGACGUGAAGAACCAGCAGGAGACGCGCAGCGGCGAUGUUGUCCAGGGCUCCUACUCGCUGAUCGAAGCUGACGGCACGCGCCGAAUUGUGGAGUACACCGCUGAUCCUGUCCAUGGCUUCAAUGCGGUGGUCCAUCGCGAGGGUGUCGCCGUCAAGGCUGUGGCUCCAGUUGCUAAGGUCUUGGCGCCAGCUCCUCUGCUCCACGCUCCGUUGGUGGCCAAGCUGCCAGCUCUGCCCGCACUGGCUCCCUUGGGUCCCGCCUAUGGUCCAGCAUUGGCUCCGGCUUACCGCCCGGCUCUGGCUCCCGCCUACUCGCCCCUGGCCUACCACUAAGUCAAGCUCCACUCAAACGGAAUACUGAAUCACACAUGUUGCCGACCUCUUGACCCGCGAACUCCUUCAGCUCGGAGAAGUUGUAACCUAUCGUAGUCGAUAGUUGUAGUAUUUAGUUAAAAUGUUAGCGAUAUAUAUCGUUGCACUUGUGUACAUACGAAUUCACUCGAUUGGUCUUGAUUAGCCACUUCAGCUCCAAUCGCUCUCAUCUACACUCACAUUCGACGCCUUUCCCAUGUACGUUUCUUGUCUACUUAAUCUUAAGGCUGUUUCGACCGCGAUAAAAAUGAAAUAAUAUAUUCGAUAAAA